AUGACCAAUAUGACCGAAAAGGAUAUCGGGCCAGAGUUCGUCAACGAUGUCGAGUCCGACAACUCACGACGAGCCUAUACUCGAGGAGGCACCGCCGAGGACAAAACCCUUGUCCGGAAACAAGACUUGAGGAUCCUACCCAUCUCAUGCGGCAUAUACCUUCUUUGCUAUCUUGACCGGUCCAACAUUGGCAAUGCCAAGGUCUUGAAUGCUUCGACCCAUAACGACUUGCUCUCAGAGACCCAUAUGACGGCUUAUCAAUACACGAUCGCCCUAAUGGUCUUCCUUAUCGCAUACAUGGUCUUCGAGGUGCCAUCGAACUACUUCUUGAAACGCCUCAGUCCAUCAAAGUGGAUUGCAUUCCUGAUGCUGUCAUGGUCAGUCAUGACCAUGGGCCUAGGCGGCGUCCACAACUUUGCAGGAGUGACAGCUCUACGCUUCAUGCUGGGCGUGUUCGAAGCUGGCCUGUUUCCUGGACUUGUAUACUACCUUACAUUCUGGUACCGUACAGACGAGCGCAGCAUUAGAGUCGCAUUUAUUCUUGCUAGUGCAACAUUAGCCGGAGCUUUUGGCGGAGCAAUAGCCUAUGGCGUGGGCCACAUGAACGGUACCGGUGGUCUGUCAGCAUUCCGCUGGCUCUUCAUCCUCGAAGGGUUACCGUCUCUACUCUCUGCACCUCUGGUGUGGUUCUUCUUGCCCGACUAUCCCGAGACGGUAAAAUGGCUCUCGCCCGAGGAGAAAGCUCUUGCAGCAGAGAGACUCAAGUUCGAAGGCUCGCACGGAAACAGCAAGAGUAUGACAUGGCAAGAUGCCAAAGUCACUCUGAUAGACUGGAGACUAUACGCCCACUAUGCCAUUUACUUUGGUAUCUCGACACCAUUCUCGAGUUUGUCUUUGUUCACUCCCACCAUCACUGCUGGCUUGGGCUUCAAGGACCUUACUGCACAACUCAUGACCGUGCCACCGUAUGCAGUUGCGUAUGUUGUUACGCUUUUGGUUUCGUGGUCUGCUGACCACUUCGACGCACGAGCCUUGCAUUCGGCCAUCUUCGCCACAGUCGGAGCUAUUGGUUUCCUGGCCUCAGCUGUACUUCCUCCUGACGCAUACAACGCCCGCUAUGGCUGUUUGAUUGUCGCUGCUGCCGGUUCCUUCUCGUGCAUUCCUCCUCUGUUGGGAUGGCUGUCUUCCAAUCUGCAUAGCACCGCAGCGGCUGGAUUGGCCAUCGCAUUGAACAUCUCCUUUGGCGCCCCUGGCCAGAUCACCGGAGUUUGGAUCUACAAGGCGGAGGAGAAGAAAAAGGGAUAUCCGACAGGUCAUUGGGUAAAUGCUGGGCUGUUGUUUUUUGUGGCUGUUGGUUGCAUUUCGUUAUUGUUCUUCUAUAAGUUUAAGAACAGACAGUUGAGAAGAGAAGGAGCAGAAAGGUUGUUCAGGUAUUGA